AUUCUGGAGUGGAGUAAUCAUAUUGUUCUAGAGAUCUUGGCAUUGUAUGGCGUACGUAGACCAUGCCUUCUCCAUAUCCGACGAGGACAUCUUGGUGGACACCUCCUACGCCGUUAACAAUCGGCCUCCAAUCAAGGAGAUCAGCCUCGCUGUGUCUCUUCUCGUCUUUGGCACGCUUGGGAUCAUAUUGGGUAUCUUCAUGGCCUACAACAGAGUUGGGGGGGACCGAGCCCAUGGGCUCUUCUUUACAUUACUGGGCUGUGUAUUGUUCAUUCCGGCAUUCUAUUAUACAAGGAUUGCUUAUUAUGCAUAUAAGGGAUACAAAGGCUUCUCCUUCUCCAACAUUCCCCCUGUUUAGUGUCUUCCUUCUAUGUACAGAUCUUUCAUUUAUCUACGUUUCGUUACUUGUUUGUGUAUCCAGAAUAACUUUAAGAGUUUAUAUUUUAUUUGUUCGUAUUAGAAUUGUGAGC